AUGCCCGCUCCUCGCACUCCUCGUCGAACCCCCAACCGUGGGAGCGCGAAACAGAGCUCGUUCAAGGAGAUCAAGCCCCUCGAUCUCGGUGAGCCACUGGGGCCUCAUGAUUCAGCUACAGUGAGAGAAAAGGUCCGCAAGUGGCAGCAACUUGGUGGAGGAGUCGUGAUCGCGCCAGAUGUCGGCGCCAGCAGCGAUGAGGACGAGAAGAAGAGCCCCCCCGGCUCGAAGCUGAAAGAGUCGAAGCAAGCCACGAACAAGAGCCCGGCGGCAAGCAAGGGACCUCACAAGGGGAAAACAACUCCAGAGCCAGUGAAAGCAACUCCGGAACCAGAGAAGAGGACUCGAAGCCCGACAAAGACAAAGACUACGCCGCGGACGACUCCCAAAACUACGCCGAGAACCACGCCGAGAACCACGCCAAAGAAACGGGUGGUCAGCGAUGCCCACUGGAGAAGGAACAGGUCCCCCCCUCCCAGCUCAAGUGCUCCAUCUUCUACGCAUGCCACACCGACCAGACGCAAGGAUGUGUUGCAGAGGUACGAGGAGGCAAAGGAGAAGGCUGCCAGGACGUCUGGUGUCAAGGACAACGAUGGGAUUGCCGUUUAUCCAGGGCCACUACGGGUGCCUGAGCCCCUCAAGGCUGCUUCGUCCGCAUGGAGCUCUGAUGUAGGGUCUUCCGCCGGUGAAGGGACGACAGACUACAGCGGCCGUGAAAAGACCUCAGCAGCCCAGAACCGCACUCCCAAGAGGACUCUAAAGCCGAAUUACUGUGUUAACGACGACAAGCACCGUAUGGGUUCUCCAAGGGGGAAGAUCCAGUCUCCAGACUUCCCUCGAGCAAGCACGCCACGGAAGAAACCACCUUCUCCAAAGCCGGCAGACCCCCCUCCAGAGCCUGCUGCCGCGAAGACUGAGCCUGUACGCAGAAGCGAAAUCAGACCACAUAAUCUGCUAUCAGGUAAUAUCAUCUCCCAGGUCAUAGAUGAGUCGAAGAAGAUGUUUUCCGCUAUGAAACCACCAGAGUCAUCAACACCGCCUCCACCUCCGCCUCAGGGCCCCUCAGUACCUCAUGGAUCCAAAGUCGAGGCGUGGCUAUCAUCCACGGCUGACCCAUUUGUUGAUGACAAGGAUUCCACAACCAGUGUGUCUGCACCCCCGAAGUCUUCAUCUACUAGAUCUUCUCUUCCACGUAAAAACCAUUCGGACGACGAACAUAAGAAGGAAUCGACAAAGAAACAGCCAUCUCCCCAUUCAGGAUCGGACAGCAAAAAGCAACAAGCCAGACCGGUCAAGGGGAAUUACGAUUACUCGGAUGGAAGCGACAGUGACCAAACAUACACGGUGAAAUCAACAUCCCAGGCGCGUGAGUCUAAGUCGGAUCUAUCAGUAGAAAGUUCCACCGAAUCACAGCCUCCUACGCUAAACCGAGAGAAAACUACCAGGUCGCGAGGACGGCUUAGUGCUUCAGCGGAAGCGGAGAGGAUGUCGAUGCUAAGAGAGUCCGUGGAAGAAGCCCUACAGGGAUCCAGCCUGGACAGACCAACUUCUUCAGACGGGUCAGAGGUUUCUGCAGUCGACCGUCCGCCUCCUUUGAUGCUGAAAAGGCCCUUCCCAAGCACGGGUGGCCAUAGACUGUCUACCAUUGCAUCCGUGGACACUGUAACGUCGAGCACCAAUUCCAACACCACUACCAAGGAAGCACCAAGUAAUCCGGCCACUCAGUCCGAACUAUCCCAGCUUGACGAUGAUGCCGUCUCUGAGUCCGAGAAGAGGGACAAGUUCGAUACCGAGUCCUUACCUGGCCCAGCUCAACCUCUGAAGCGUAGACUGACCAAACAUUCGGACUUGAUGUCAGUCUUGUCAAUCCCCGGAGGUAGAAGCCGCAGUAUACGGUCCGCAAGAAGCAUCCGUACAAACAGGAGUCGUCUGGCCAACGCAACCAUAAGCGAUAUCAUGCGCGAACUUGCUUCAGAUGAAGUGAAAUAUAUGCGCGAAUUGAGGACUCUCGUCGGCGGUGUUAUUCCCGUACUCUUGACUUCCAUUCUCUCCAAGACAGACUCGGCCAUUGCAGCUGGCUUAUUUCGCCGCUCAGCCGAUCCAAGCGACCAGGAAAACUUCACCCGGCCCAUUGUAAAUAUGGGAGUUUCCCUCGAGAAGCUCAAAGCGCUUCACAAACGAUUGCCACUUAACAACACCGAAGCACUUUUGUCAUGGGCUGUCAGUGCCCAAAAAGUCUACGCCGACUAUCUGAGUGCCUGGAGGCUCGGAUUUCAAGAUGUUAUCGUCAACCUGGCGCCCCCGGAUCCAGAAGACGCACUCAAAGCUGAAACUCAGAGCUUAUGCGCUGGCAUGGCCCAGGACGAGAAUGGAGACGUAAUUAAUGGUGACGGGGAAAGAGUAGACGUUGCAUUUCUACUGAAACGGCCUCUAGUCAGGCUGAAAUACCUGUCAAAGACGUUCAAGGGACUUAACUAUGUCCAGCCAUCGCCCAAGGCAGAGGAAGUUGCGGACACUUACCAGUCUUUGGUCACAGAUGCUCGACGGAGGGCAAACGAGGAGCGCUCCAGACUGGAAGAUGAUGCUGCAGCGAGCAUCGAUGAAACAAGAGCACGCGAUAUACAUACUCUCGCUGUCCUUAAGAACGUGGAAGUCAACCAAACCAGGAGAGUUCGUGCCCGCGACUUUUUCGACCUCUCAUUGCUGCAUUCGACUGGUCAGCAAAUCGACUGCCGGGCCGAAUUGCUCUUACGAGAUAACCCUCCUGGUGAAGCUCCUGGUGGUGAUCUCUUUAUAUGCGAGGUUGACGAGACCGAUCGCUGGCUCCUCUUCCCUCCAAUUGAUUGCACCUGCAUCUCGGCCCGGAAUGGGGAUGGAAAAGGAGAGAUUGUACUCAUGGUUCGCGCAUCGGUGGGGAAUUCAACAGAAUGGUAUGAACUACUGUCCUUCACCACGGACGACGAGCAGAUAGGCUUCGAAUGGGUGCAGAUGAUAGGUCUGAAUCCUGUUCCCCCGAAGAUAAACAGGUCUCUUAGCUUCAUUAACCGCGCUAAGGAGAGGAGAGAGCGGCUUGCACUCGCACGUCAGGAGAAAGACGGCGAUGCCAUUGCCAUCCAUGACUACGACCCUUCCGAGAUCGAUGUUCCAAUCGGCGAAAAGGCUACUGUGGUUGGUGAGGACCUUCAGCAUGACAGAGAUCCCGUGGACAACAAGUAUCCAGCUGCUUCUCCAUCAACACCCUCGCGCACUCUCAGGUUAGACACAACACAGGGCCUGGACGAGGCUAUGGAUUUAGCAAGCAAUGUGUCACCGGCCCUCAAGAGAUCCAAGGCAAAACGACGGUCCAAAUACGAUUAUGCUUCUCCUACCAGUCCAGCCUCGUCUGGAAUCCAAACGCCGGAUAGAGAAUCUUCCAGACCACCCUCCCCUCUUCUUUCAAGAGGAUCAGAAAAUCGUGGCCGUGAUAGAACGCCCUCACCCACAACUCCAACGCCCAGUGGUGGAAGCAAACAAUCGAAACGCCCCAUUGCAUCUCUGGUGCAACCUCACGGGCGUCGCUCCCUAUCUCCUGUACCAUCUUUGGAAUUCCCUACAAUCCCCAAACUAAGGAAGAGUUCUCCCAAGAAUUCACCGCCUACAUCCCCCAAGAGCAUCCCCCUCCCAGCGUCUCCAAUUCGAAAGCAAAGUGAAGAUAAACUGGAACAAACCCCAACCGGCAAAGGGAAGAAAUCUCCAAACAAGGGUGAAAAAUCAGUAGUCUCCGAUGAUGAGCAAUUAUUGGGCAAAGACCCUCCUCCCACUCCGCCAUCACACCGCACCCCUAGCCCCGCAUCGCCAAAACAGUUGAAGACCCCUAUUAUUAGUCCUCCCGCACCCCCGUAUGCUCGUCACCGACGAACGUCAUCGCCGCUCAAGCACGAAUAUGCGCCUUCGAGUACCUCGGAAUCGUCUGGGUCUGAUACAAGCUCUAUUCAGCGUUAUGAUGUUGAUUCAUCAUCUGAUACAUCGGAUGAAGAACUGGAGGAUGAAGAUAUCCCAGCCCCAUUACCACCUACUACACGCCGCGUUUCCAAACGCGUAUCUCACCCUGAAUCAGCGGACGAUAUUCCUACGGUGGAGGCAGGCAGCCCAGUGGGAUCCGCGGACCGAUCUCCACCGAAAUCCAUUCAUAGUUCACCACAACGGGCCUCUAAAACUAUCGCGUCUAUAUUUUACUGGCAUGACAAAGGGUUUUGGGAGCCGCUUCACGCUAACGAGUGUAAUAUCAUUGUUACUCCGGGCUUAAUUGAAGCGUUCGAGAUGAGCCAUGACCACUCCCGCCCACCCAGUCGAGACAAUGGAUCAGUCGCAGAUUCUAUAGAGUUAUCUCACCGGCCAUUAGUUGCGCUUGAACUGACGCCUCUAGUGCCAAUCCGACGUGGAACAGCCCUCGACAUCAGUAUUCGUUCUCCGCCAACUGCGCAGUCCAAAAUCUCCUCUGGAAGCAACAUUAUGUUCCGAUCCCGUAACCCGGAUGACUGUGAUAGGCUAUACAACCUCAUAAAUCACUCUCGUAUCAACAACCCAACCUAUAUUGCCUUGCAGAAUGCCGUGCCGUAUUCGAGCCAACCAAACUCGCUUUCACGGCAUAAUUCUACUCGAUCAAAUAAAGGUGGCGGUUGGUUUAGCUGGUAUGGUGGGUUCUCAAAGAGCAGCUACCGUGCGUCUACUGCACCACCAGCCUCCUUAGCAGCUGGAACAGAGAGCAGCGUUGGCACAAUGUCUAGUGCUAUCUCCGCACUUAAACGUUUCGGCGUUGGAAGCAAAAUGUUCAGCAUUGCAAGGUCUACCCUUACAUCCCGGAAUGGUAGUCGGGAUGACACAAGCCUCUAUACCACCUCAACAGGUUCAGGAUCGGGCCAACGCUUCCCUUCAAACGCAGAGGCUGCACACAUGGCAGCAGAAGGCGGAAUUGGCCUAGCCAAUGCCAAGAUACGACUGUAUACGCGGGAGUCGGCAGCAAAAUGGCGAGAUCUGGGGGCUGCAAGACUUACCAUUCUACCCGCGGACACUGUAACUUCAAACUCUCCACCAAAUUAUCCAGAUGACCAGGAGCCCAGCGGCAAUUCAAGUCCCUCUUUUGGUUCAAAUGCAGAUACUGCAGGCCCUCCGCGUACCCCUCCCUCGUCUGGUAUGUCGGGUGCACAAGUCAAGAAUGAAAAGCGAAUUCUUAUUCGAAGUAAGUUGAGCGGCGAGACGCUGGUUGAUGCAUGCCUAGGUGAGAGCUGCUUCGAACGGGUCGCAAGAACCGGUAUUGCAGUAUCCAUCUGGGAAGAGUAUGAUGGCAUCGCAAAGGAAGGCGGUGUUGUUGGUGGAUGCUUCAAGGUGUACAUGAUUCAAAUGAAGAGCGAGGCGGAGGCUGCAUAUACGUUUGGUCUUGUCGGCAAAUUGAGAUAUUAA